AUGGCUUCAGUCAGCUCGAGCAGGGACUUGUGGGAUCCCUACAGAGUCCUCGAUGUCGAUCCGAGUUCUCCGUACUCCACGUGCGUCGGCUUUGCUGUUUCUACGGGAUCACGUUGCAAAUGGCGCUUCAACACUGAACAAUUCGACACUUUCCAGAGAGCCACGGCCGUCGAGCGCCUGAAAGCCAUGUCGGAAAUGCACCCGUCGCAGGUUACCCUAGCGGCACUCUACUCGUUGGCCCGGAAUACUCUGUGCAGAGACUUUCACCAAUGGCAAGCAGAUGCCAAGAGCACCGAAUGGGAAGCGAAAAUCGAAGACUACCUCCUCCACGAGCAUAACAGAGGACUGGCAGUGGUCAGACCGGUCACGCAGCCGCGGUACAGGCUCGACGACGCCACACAGCUCCAGUACGGCAUCGCGCAAGACAAGCACGCGUCUGAGCAGGAGAUGAAGCAGCUCGUGGGGCAGAUGGAUGUGGUCAAACAGGACUUGGCGAAGCGAGAUCGGACCAUCGAGCAGCUCGGGGAGCAGAUGGACGCGGUCAAAUACGACUUGGCGAAGCGGGAUCGCCACGUCGAGUACCUCGCGAAGCAGGUGAAUGUGGUGAAUCAAGAGUUGGCGGAGCGAGAGGAUAAGGUACCGAGUCUCGAGCAGCCACAGAAGGUGAAAAGGGGGUUUUGGAGGGCACUCGGGAGGAAGUUCUCGAGGAUCAUGCGGAAAUGA